AUGGCAACGAGCGGCAGCCUGGCGGCGACCCCUUCCCCCGAGGAAGCGCCCGGCCCCGACGACCCCGCCCCCCGCCGCCCCAGGAUCUCAGCCGCCUCCUCCUGGAAAGGUCGCGCGGGCCUGGCCGGCGUGCUGCGCCUCGCCUCGGAGGAGGAGGAGCUCGGGGCCGGGGGGCUUUGGGGCCCUCCGCAGAACGGUGAGAAUGUUGUGGUUCUGGAAGGAUGUUUAAAUGAUGAAAACAUACCUCCGUGUUUUCUCUACUUGCACUGUAAUCCCCAUGGUUCUGAAGAAAUUAUGAGUCUUGGCAUUAUUAGUGAAGCGCGGAACAUGGAAGUGUAUAUAGGAGAAGAAUAUUGUGCAACUGGCAGAGGAGAAAAAAUCCUUGCUAUCCAAAAUGGCAGCAAAAAUGACCAGAUUACGUUAUACAAAAAACAUCUAAAAUUGGAGUGCCCUGCAACCUCUUGUAAAGUUAAGCUACUCUCCAUCAAAGAAAAAAACAGAGUACUCAUCAGCAGAAUCUUAGUUCAGGUUUCUAUGAAACCUGCGCCAGACUUUUCUACAUUAGGAUCCGGCAUUGACUUGAACAGAGUGCAAGCUAUAAUGGAAUCUAUGGGAUCAAAAUUGUCACCUGGUGCUCAGCAGCUUCUGGAUAUGGUUCACUUUCAACAAAAGAAUGGUCUCUCUUCUGGAAGCAAGUUACAAAAUAUCUUUGGGACAGCAGGAUUUGUGUUUAGAAACAAUCAUACUGUUGAUGGAUUGCAAAAGACCUCUGAUCUUGGAAGACUAAACCACUUCUCCAAUGGACCUACUGCUCUUAAACCUGGUUCAACAGCUGAUUUAAAAAUCUACAGUAAUAUAGACAAACUGACAUCUAGCACAGAUGUUUUGCAACCUCCGUUGGUUCUCACACCACAGCAUAAUGCCGCACUUUCUCAAAAUGACUUUAAAGGCUUGGUAUCAUCAUUUUUACAAGAGCAAACAAAUGAAAACUCAAAUACACCCAGUUCUACAUUUCUGCUUCCAUUUCUUCAAACUGUAUGUGGUCAAGUAAAUCGCUUGCGAACAGAUGAAAAGAAUGAACACUGUGAGAACAACUCUGCCUCUAUGUCUGAAGACGACACAACUCAGUGAGUUUUUGUGGAACAACAGCGUAUCUGCCUCUAUGUGGAAGAAAUAAUCUCCAAACGUAUGGAGACGAUGGAGAAGAAAUUAACAGACUAUAUUGAUCUGCGAAUGGAGAAACUUCAAGAACAACUUGAUACUAAAGUGGCUGCAAUAAUGGAUUUGGUUCAGAAUUCCAAAAACAGUACACAAGAUGGUGAUCCUGCAAAAGAAAUAAACUCUAGUGGGAAUGCAUAG